AUGACCGGUCUUCAAUUUUCCGUCAUCCGAGUUAUCUUCAUACUGACGCAGCUUUCCAAAGUGACCACGACGAAUUGUGGGAGAGAAUCGUCUAUCCAUGGCAUGAUGCUUCGCGGUCACACAUUCAAGACUCUUGAGGCUAAGAGCCUCUCAGAAUGCGUGCAGGAAUGCAACGAAGACGACAAAUGCCAAAGCUUAAACCUUGUCUUAUUAAAGGACAUUUGUGAGUUGAAUAAACGAACAAAGGAGGCUAGGCCAGAGGACUUUGUCACAAAUAAAGAAUGCCUUUACGUGAGACGAUGGAAAAAGAGAGGUAACUAAUAACAGAUUUCGCAAAUCUGGGACAUACGUGUUUAUUGUGCGAAAUGAUUUCGGAUUCGGAGAUAAAUUCGAGUCACGAAAUUCUUUUGCAACAGAUGGUUCGACAACAUGCAGUUUUUCCUUUUUUCCUCUUAUUUUUUUUUAUUUUCCCUCUAGUUCCUCUGGGUUCUAUCCCUGAGUUACCCGCAGAAUCUUGUGCAGAGAUAAAACGAAGUGAAGGAGCAGCUAUGAGAAGCGGUGGAUUCUGGAUACAAUCGUCUGUUAAUUCAGGAAAAGCGAGUUUGGUAAAUUGUGAUGUCGGCGAAUCAAAAGGUGAGUACUUGUCUAAGCUGCCGCUGUAAACUGCACACACUUUCUCUCCCACUCUAUGGCAGAAACUUGUAAUCACCGGAAGCGUCCACUUUGUAACUGCCAAAAUUUUUUCAACGUGCAAAUUCUCCUCACGAGUUGAAUACACUAUCUGGAAAGCGGAUGAUAAUCAUCACUUGUUCUACAUCACUUAUUGUCGUUAAUAAAGUCGCCGAUGAAAGAGAUAUGAUAUUUUCGACAUUCAAUUUUUACCUGGUUUACUUCAAAAUUGAUGGAUAAAAAUUUUCUUUCAUUGACCUUCAGUAAUGACUUCUUGAUCUCUCAGGGUAGUGUCCAGUUCAGCGUUAGGGUCAUUUUACGACACAUUCCAUUACUGCUCUAUUUUUUUAAGCUUCACCCACAAUUUUGCCGUUUUGUCGUCUCAGAUAUCGAUGAAUGCAAAAGUAGAUCUUUACAUGGUUGUCAUAGUGAUGCUGUGUGUCAUAAUACCGUGGGCUCAUACAAAUGUACCUGUAAAGAGGGAUUCUUUGGAAAUGGAAAAACAAGUUGCUCACCAGUAGGUAGGUAUAUGAUUUGAAAAAGCCAUAAAAUAAAAGAAAAAGGGCAUGCAUUUUUUCGGAAUGAAAUUACGAAUUUGGGCCGCUAAGUUAGAGUAAAUAAGUCAGAGACCUGUCGUUAUUUGUCACCUAGGGGGGAGGGGGGGGCGUGGGUGGACCACAUGGUUUUCAUGGGGAAUGGAGCGGGGAUAAAUCUUAAUGGCUUCUUUAUAUGUUUUGAAAGUCUCUGAGAGAAAACGUCCUGCAUCAAUUUUAGCCAGGAAAAGUCACCGAGCAAUCUUAAAACACCUUGAAAGGGCUUUUACAUCUUUUCUUUUAAUUCCGUUGGCUUAAAUUUAGGCUGUGUUGGGUACAAGUGGUUCACAGAGACGGAUAGACGCCGUUCUUUUCCUGCGUAUGAAAUCAAGUGCGACCGUCUAAAAGAGAGAUCGUGGUACCGAUUCAGCGAGGAGUCUGGAACUAAGAUGGCGACAACGUGUGUUCCUCGUUACAGAUGCAAUACACAUGCGCCAAGCUGGCUGAACGGGCUACAUCCCGAAGAACAUGAAGGGAUUGUGACCAGACAAGUGUGUUUCCACUGGUCAAAUCAUUGCUGUCAUUUUACAACUAUUAUCAGGGUCAGGAAUUGUGGUUCCUUUUACACCUACGAGCUUGGUCCUAUAAAUUUAUGUCAUAUUCGCUAUUGCGGUGAAUGA